AUGAUUUUGUUAAAGCCUAACUCAACGCUUGGACAAGUUAGACGAGUUGAUAUUCCUUCUCUUGAUAUUGUUCAAAAUGAAAAGCUUAUUCAUAUAGUAGAAGCUGCAAUCUCCAAAUUAUAUCCCUCUUGCAUAGUUCCACAUCUUGCGGAUGCAGUAGAAACUUGUCCUGCUUCCUCCUCCAUAAGUGCUGCUGACACGAUUGUCUCAUCGGUUGAUGUUUCCUCCUCCGCAGGCCUCGUUUCUUCUAGUUCUACCAAUACAUUGUGCAAUAUUCAGACUCCAGUAAGAUAA